CAGACCGGCUGAACAUCUACAGAACAGCGUCACACCGACACAUCCGUCGCUCAUUACGGUGAAAUACGCGAUAAAGGCCCGAAUCCGCCACAUUUACCGACAAACACAGAAGAAUAUUCGCGUCUCGUUCGCGCCGCUGUGUGUCACUGUCACGAUCAAACCCGUCUGGAGGAAAAAACGAGUCGAGCGGGUGCACAAGAAGAAUACGAGGAAAAUCCCGAAAUAUCGGCGGAUUGUGGAGCGACGUUACAUUUCAUUGAAAGGGUUUGGCCUCCCAACUGUACUGAAAAAACAUGGAAUCCUCUUCUUACAGCACCUGAAAGCGAAUAGGAUAAACAAGAUGGAAGAACCUUUUAAAGAUUCUGUAGCCGUAGAAAUGGCAAACCCUCAAGAAGAGGUCUGUAACAGUGUUGCCACCAUGGCUGAUCCAGUUGGGAAGCUGGAAAGCGAGACCACUCCAAUAAUACCAACUGAGACUUGGAAUGUCAGCUCUCCUACCAUCACAAAACAAUCCCUCUCACCACUGCUAACACUGCAAACCAAUCCGGCGUCAACCCCUGCUGCUGAGUCCCCAAACGGUGUUGCCCUGAAAGUCGCAACAACUGUCCUUCAGCCAAUCUGCUUUGGCGAGAAUCCAGUGGUGCUGCCUAUCCUUGCUGGCCCAGCUGCCCCUCAAGUUGGACAAUCAGGAGCAACUUCAUAUCUGAUGACCAGCCAAGGUCCCGUGUCCCUGCCACUAGUCCUGGAACAACAAGUCCUCCAACAUCUGAAUCCUCAAUUGCUUCAACAAACAACCACGUGUCCUGCCCUUCCGAACAACAUCCUAUGCCAGAACCCAUCCCUUGCUCUCGGUCCCCCUCCAGUUCUGGACCAGAAAGGUGCAAGUCCAGUGUUGGAUACUAGUCUAUUGACUCUCCUUCAGAACCCUAAUUUUGCUGCAAUCUUGCAGGAUCUCUUUCCUGGCCAAGGGAACUUUUCACCUACUUGUCACUCAGCGUCUUCCCCUCAAAUAGACCUCGCCUCUGCUUUCCUUCCUCCUCCCCCUCUCUCACACCCCUACAGCUCCCCACUAGCCCCACUGGUGCCUCCGGCCACCCUGCUCAUCCCCUAUCCCAUUGUCAUCCCUCUUCCAGUGCCUCUUCCAAUCCCUGUGCCAAUCCCAGUUCCUGUUUCUACAUGCUCAAAAGUAGAUGUAGACUCCCCUAAAUCGAAUUGUACUUGGAACAAAAGCACACAGACUACCCUUAGUGACAUUUCCCCUCACUUGACAUUACUUGGUAAGGAAAUGACAUCCGUCCAAUUGCCUCUUCCUUCUUCCUCAACCCCUGUAGUGACAGAUGGGGAAGUGCUAGACUUAUCCAUUAGGGCGCCUCAACCGUCAAUGCAUGUUCAGAGUCUGCAAGGGGUCCAACCAUUUCAGCAAGAUAGUGUCCUUGAUUUGUCUGUGCCUAGUAUAAGAAAGACAUGCAUCCAGACUCGUAGCACAUACGGGCCAUUGGCCUAUGAACGGGAAAGAAUGUGCCGCAUAGGGGAUGAUGUAAGCAAUGGAGCAUUGGCUCUAGGGGUUCUUCGGCCUGUAGACUGCACCCCUAAACUAGAUACCAAGCUGCUAAGUGGGCUAGCAUCUCUGGAGUUCAGUCGACAGCACAAAUGGGUGGUAGACAGUGGCCACAGUAGCGCAAUGGCUGGGGCAGUACACGAAUCUGCCCUUGGUGGAAGUGGCAAUAUCGAGAUAGUCAGUACGUCGCAGACUGCCAAAGUCAUUGUGUCGGUCAAAGAUGCUAUGCCUGCCAUUUUCUGCAGCAAGCUAAAGGGAUUGUCAGGGGUUUCUACAAAGAACUUCUCCAUCGAACGUGAUGCCAGUCAGGGUGCAUUCGCAGCUCUGCCCAGAGUCCAGGGUGACCAGCGAGGAGAAUCCAGUGACCCACUCAAAAAAAUACCCAAAAACAGAGGCAUCAAAGUGAAGAAAGUGAGCUCCCAGGAGAUUCAUAUAUUACCUAUAAAAAAGCAACGACUGGCUGCGUUUCUUCCCCGAAAAUAGUAGUAGAAGAUUGAGAAA